ACGACUUAUCACAAGUGGAAUGUGUACAUUUCCCCCUCUCCACCCCAUUUUUGGGUACUGCAAAUUGCAUUUGUUCAGAAAGAAAAGUUACAAGUGCAGCAACUAUCUCCAGGAUGGCAUGGAUUUCACAAACAUGUUCUUUCAUUCUGUUAAUUUCUUCAGUCUCUAGCGAAUGUGUGUCUGAAAUCUAUGAAAACACAUAUUUUCAAGGAGGAGAUAUCUCUAAGGUUUAUGCUCCGAAUGCAGACUACUGCCAAAUGGUGUGCACAUAUCACCCAAAGUGUCUAUUAUUUUCCUACUUUCCAGGAGACUGGGUGAAAGAUAUUGGAAGGUUUGCAUGCUUCCUGAAAGAGACUGAUACUCAAGCGUUGCCAAGGAUACCCACCAAAGGGGUAAUCUCUGGACAUUCCCGGAAACAAUGCCCUGGAGUCACUGCUUGCAGCAAGGAAGUCCAUGAAGGGUUGGAUAUGCGAGGAGAAAACUACAAUAUAACCACUGAAGAAAGCUAUGACCACUGCCAAAAAAGAUGCACCAAUGAGAAUCACUGUCAUUUUUUCACAUACACCACAGCUUCAUUUCACAAUGCACAUUUCCGCAAUAAAUGCUACUUGAAGUAUAGUGCCAAGGGAACACCAACCAGUAUAAGGUAUCUAAGUGGCGUUAUGUCAGGAUUCUCAUUAAAGGCAUGUCAAGGUGCCGAUACAGACUGUCGGAUGGAAAUUUUUCAGGAGGAAUUUUCUGGUGUUACGGUUGCAAGAGUUCUGACACCUGAUGCCUUUGUAUGCAGAACAAUUUGCACUUACAACCCAGUCUGCUUAUUCUUUACCUUUUAUGAUAGUGAUGGAGAUGUAAAACACCCAAAAUUUACUUGCCAAAUGAUGAAAUCAAUAAAUGGCACACCGGAGAGUUUUGUAGAAAGACGAGUUAAGUCAGGUUUCAGUCUCCUAAGCUGCCGGACAGCUACACCAGCCUGUCAUGUUAUGGCUCACAACAAUUUAAACUUUCUGGGGGAGCAAGUGAAGGCAGACUAUGUCAAAGGAAGCAAGGAAUGCCAACAACUUUGCACAGACACGAUCCGCUGCCAGUUUUUUACAUACGAUUCAGACCCAACAUUGUGCAACCGAGAAGGCAAAUGUAAAUGCUACCUAAGAAUGACUGCCAAUGGGGCACCGAAUAAAAUUGUGACUGAGACGGGAAAGGUUUCUGGCUAUUCUUUAAGAUUGUGUCAGGUUAAAGACAGACUUGAAUGUGUGAAGCAAUCUGUGACAAAGGGACGGAUUGUUGGAGGAACAAAUUCGUCUUCUGGAGAAUGGCCCUGGCAAGUCAGUUUGCACGCAAAGUUAUCUCUUCAGAGUCAUGUAUGUGGUGGUGCAAUCAUCAGUGACCAAUGGAUAGUGACUGCAGCCCAUUGUACAGAAGACCUUCUGGUAACAGAUGUUUGGCGUGUUUAUGCGGGCAUUUUGAAGCAGUCAGAAAUAAAUGAAGAUACCCCCUUCUUCAGAGUUCAAGAGAUUAUUGUCCACCCUAAGUAUGAGUAUUCAGAGACAGGAUAUGACAUCGCUUUAAUGAAACUGGACAGGCCGAUGAACUUCAGUGCUUUACAGCAACCUAUAUGCUUACCAUCUGAAGACAGAAUGAAUACAGAAUUCACCAACUGCUGGGUGACUGGAUGGGGUUACACAAAAGAGAGAGGUGAGAUACAAGAUACCCUGCAAAAAGUCCGCAUCCCCCUAAUAUCCAAUUUAGAAUGCCAGUCACGAUACCAAGAACACAGGAUAACUGACAAGAUGAUGUGUGCUGGCUACAGAGAAGGUGGCAGGGACGCUUGUAAGGGAGAUUCAGGUGGUCCUCUCUCAUGUGAACGUCAGAGAACCUGGUAUUUGGUUGGUAUUACCAGCUGGGGUGAGGGAUGCGCUCGUCCAGGUCAACCGGGAGUUUACACUAAUGUGACUGAGUUUGUAGACUGGAUUCAUGAAAAAACCUCAUAAAAAAAAAUGUCCAGUGACCUAAACGUAAGGAAGACGACAGAAGAUGAUGUCAGACAAGAAGCUCUGCAAUUCUCUGAGAAAUCUCUGAGAGGUUCUGUGACCUUGUGGUUUUUGAAAAGGCUAGUUAGCAGGGUUGAAACAAAGACUGAACUCAUUUGACCUCUUGCAUGCAAUAAAAAUAAUAACCCCAAAGUG